AGGCUAUAAAAGCCACCCUAGAGUAGUCCCCAUUCGGGCGCCAAGAUGGGGAACCUCCGCAAUGUCCUUCUUUUCCUGACAGUCUCUUUCUCCUCGGCUCUUCUCCAUCCUUUGCAGAGCCAGAUUGUUGGAGGCCACGAAGCCAAGCCCCACUCCCGACCAUACAUCGCUGCCUUGAAAGUAGGGGACGGUUACGGUUGCGGCGGAUUCCUGGUGGCGCCCCAAUGGGUCAUGACCGCAGCACAUUGCAUGGACGAUAUCACUGUCGUUUUGGGUGCCCACGACCUCACGGCACUUGAGGAGUCCCAGCAAGUGAUUGGGGUCCGGUCGUACUACGUACACCCUGAGUACAACCCCAUGAGCAUCGCAAAUGACAUCCUCCUGAUGAAGGGGGACUCGGGAGGCCCGAUGGUUUGCAAUGGCGUAGUGCAUGGGAUCGUGUCCUUUGGCUACAGUUCCCCACCCGGGGUUUACUCUCGCGUUGCACAUUUCCUGCCUUGGAUCCAGAAGGUCAUGGAGUCGGAUCCCUGAGAAGGUCCCGACUCUUGGGCUCUUUCGUGCCCAUGUUGCGUCUCCCGCUCAUUCGGCUCUAUUUCAAUGCCUUCACUUCUUCCACUGUGCUUGCCUUUUGAAGAAAUUAUAUAGGAACAAACAGCCUGAAGAAUGUUAGACUAUAGAAUCCAUAGAAUUCUAUAAUUCUUAGAAUAUUUGUUAUAGAAUAGAGUUGGAAGGGACUCCCAAAAGGCCAUCUAGUCCAACCUCAUUCUGCAACAUAGGAAGACACCAUCCGAUCCCUCCCAACAGAUGGCCAUCCAACCUCAUUAGCAGAUUCAUUGGGAAAUUGGGAUAUAGAAUCCUACAGCUAGACGGAGCCCCAUUGGCCAUCCUGUCCAACUCCAUUUUGCAACACAGGAAGACACCAUCCGAUUCCUCCCAACAGAUGGCCAUCCAACCUUAUAGAUAUUAGCAGAUUCAUUGGGAAUUUGGGAUAUAGAAUUCUAGAGCUAAAAGGAGCCCCAUUGGCCAUCCAGUCCAACUCCAUUUUGCAACACAGGAAGACACCAUCCGAUCCCUCCCAACAGAUGGCCAUCCAUAGAUAUUAGCAGAUUCAUCAGGAAAUUGGGAUAUAGAAUCCUAGAGCUAGAUGGAGCCCCAUUGGCCGUCCUGUCCAACUCCAUUAUGCAACACAGGAAGACACCAUCUGAUCCCUCCCAACAGAUGGCCAUCCAACCUUAUAGAUAUUAGCAGAUUCAUGGGGAAAUUGGGAUAUAGAAUCCUAGAGUUAGAAGGAGCCCCACUGGCCAUCCAGUCCAACUCCAUUUUGCAACACAGGAACUCACCAUCCGAUCCCUUCCGACAGAUGACCAUCCAACCUCAUAGAUAUUAGCAGAUUCAUGGGGAAAUUAGGAUAUAGAAUCCUAGAGUUAAAAGGAGACCCAAGGGCCAUCUAGUCCAACUCCAUUAUGCAGCACAGGAAGUCACCAUCUGAUCCCUCCUGACAGGAGGCCAUCCAACCUCGGCUUCAAAACCACCAGAGAAGGAGACUCAACCAGACUUCCAGGCAGUGCAUUCCACAGUGAUGUGUUUCCCAAGAGUCUCUCAAUUCUGUCCCCUUCUUAACAAACUCCUUUCCACGCUUCUGUUUUGCACCAUAUUAGAAAUAAAUGUCUUUGGCAGCAAAUGAAA